AUGGCAAACUUAAUUCAUUGUUAGAAUCGAUAUUAAUGUUUUGAAGCACUCAUAGAAUUUUUAUUAAGCUUAUUCUAUUUAUUCUAUUUAAUAAUUUGCUACAGAAUACUUAGCAAAGAUAAAAGUGGAGUACUUGUCUAGAUUGAUAAAUAUUUAUGUUUUGCUGCUUUGAUCGAAACACUUUUAUAGACCAUAUAUUAUUUGUAUUUUGGUAAUUCUAUGCAACUUAUAAGUUUUAAGAUAAUGAUUUUUUAUUAUCAACAAUAAGAUGUUUAGGAAUAGCAAUUUAAAUUACGUUUUGCAAUAUAUUGGGUUCUAUUGUAGUGGAUGAAAUACAAACACCAAGAAUAUGGCAAUUGGCUAGAGCAUUGCUUGGAUGUCUAUUUAUUUUAUGGUAUUGGUUUGGUAUUGCUCAUAGAAGUCUAAUAGAGUAAUUGACUAUAUAAUUUUCUUAGUUAUAAUUGUGUUUAAGCUGAUUACUUAAUCCUUUCAAGUAUAGGAUUGAUUUUUGCUGGCGGAUCAUUUUAUUUAGGAAUAUUUGCACUUUCAAACAUGUAAGCUCGUAAAAAUUCUUUGGUUUUAUUUAUUUCUUUUAUUUUUAGGAAGUUUCAAGAUCUGGAUUUAUUUAAGUAUAAUCAAAUAAUCAAAAAUAUGAGUAAGUAUUAAUGAGAAUUAAAUAAAUAACUUUAAUGCAUUGUAUAAUAAGACAAUAUUUAUAGACUGUGGAUUAAUUUAAUUUGGAGUUUAAUUUUCUUUUGAUCUAUUUACUUACAUAAAUUGUUAAAAUUCAAAAGAAUGUAGGAACUAUUAUAAUGCUACAACAUUUUUUUCAGUUAAAUUUAUUAAAUAAAUUGUUAGAUUUUUUAUUUGA